AUGACCUUCGAUGCAUCAGACAUAGAGAAGGAGUUGCAUAAAUACUACCGCGCGGAGACACAGGAGGAGUUUCGGCGAAGAGUGGAAAGCGUGGCGGAUUUGGAAAGAGCGCUCAAGUUUGCUCUGCAAACCUCAGCUUCGACAACCCCCACCGAGCGGAAAGCCUCCCCAGCCACACCAAGAGCAUCACCCGAUGUGAUGGAAGGUAGAGUGGCAUCACCAGCUGGUAGUACAUGUGAGAGCUGCUCGGCAUUUGAGGAAACGACUGAGUCGACUGACAGGGACCCGAUAUUGUUGGUAUUUGGAAGUACUCUGAUGGAGAUAACUACACCAACAUCUGAUAUCGAUACGGUUGUGUUGGUAAGCGAUGUGAAACGGAGUGCUUAUAUGAAAAGAGUUCAAAAAGUGUUGACUGAAAUGGAACCUUUCCGGUCCUAUUGUGACGAUUUCUCACUUCUGGCCGACUCCUUGGUGCCCUACAUAAAGUGCUCAUACCGGGGGUAUCCAGUGGACGUACAAUUUGCGGUUCUGCCGAGUACAGUGUUGAAGGAAUGUCAUGAUGCUAUUCAAGCUGAAGUUCAUCGGGUGUGCACUGCUGGACUGUUGGAACCGGAGGGAAGCGCCGCGGCAGAUUGGAGCAAUAGUUUGGUCGACGAUGCUACUAUACGUUCUCUGAAUGGUGUUCGUGUGGGGAGGUAUCUUCUGAAGAGGACCCCGGUGUUGGCAGUUUAUCGAGUGGUGCUUCGCUUCGUGAAGAUGUGGGCUAAGGCUAGAGGCAUAUACAGUAACGUAAUGGGUUAUUUUGGUGGAGUUACUUGGGCAAUUUUGGUGUCAAAAGUUAUGCAAGAUAAUGCGGAGCUGGCUAUGAGAGAAACGGAGGAGGAUGCUGUGAGGGAAAUACUGCUGAAGUUUUUCGAUUUUUGCAGUACUCAUCCGUGGGGAAGUGAGAAUCCGGUGACAGCUAAUGAUGAGAUAUUGAAUGGUUUUGUAUCGGCGGGAUCGGUUGAGAUGUACACACCUCCAGCGAGGGAUAUUUUUGGAGACGAUGAUGUUGUUGAUAAGCAACUAGCGCCACAGCAUGUUUUGAGAGACCCGGCAGAAUGCCCGUAUGCUGCUGAUGGCGUUGGUAUUGAGGGGCAAUGCAUGGUGGUGCUCACUCCGGUAUUGCCGACGCAGAAUUCGAGUUUCAACGCUCUAGACUUUAAUCGCUACGUGAUGGUUCAAGAAUUCAAGAGAGCUGCCCAUAUGUUGUCACUAUUUGCCCUUUCCCCGCAAAGUUGUCCAUUCCGUCUGGGAGCAGUGUGUGCACGCGUGCACCCUUUCAGAUUGUAUAAGCGUCUGCUUUUCGUAGAGGUGGAAAUUCGACCAGAAAAUCAAAGGACGUUGAGUAACGAUGAUGUGCAUCUCUUGCAAAAACGGAUAGCGGCUAUGGUUGAGUCAAAAGUCAGAAUUUUCACCAAGUUGAGUGCUGCGGCGUUUCAUGAGGAAGGCACAUAUUUGCGACUCUAUCCCCAUCCUCAAGUGACUCAGCCGUGGACGGCUUCUGGAGGAGGAAUCGCGUUUUUGAUCGGCCUCGCUAGUAGGUUAACGGGCGAGGAGAAUAUCGAAAGGGAAGAGGAAACUCAUGGAAAAGUUGACCUUCGGCCGAGUUUGCAAGAGUUCACUUCAGUGUUGCGGAAUAUUGUAUUAACAGCGGAGGAGAACGAGCAGGACAAUUACAAAGGUUUCAGCAGUGGUCGGAAUGUACGCGUCAAGUACGGCCUUCUCGAGAUGCGUGACGGAGUUCCAACUGUUGUCACCGACUUAUAAUGCCA